AUGUUUCCAACCGUUAUGGGCGAAGUUCAACGAGCAGUAAAUGAAAUGCACCGCCUUGCGGAUACAAUGAAUGGAAUGACUGGAACAUACUCUCCUUGUGGUCAAUCUGCUAAUCGCCGUCUUGGUGACGGCCGUGGCAACGCAGAUGAUCAAGUUGCCUGGCUUCCCUACGUCGAUGGCAAGAAACAAACUAUCACUUGGCUUUUUUUUCUUUACAAUUUGGAGGAUCAGUAUGUCGUUCAAGCGGAACUUCCAGGAGUUAGGAAAGAAGAAGUUAAUCUUGAACUUCGUGAUAAUAGCGAACUUGUAAUCUCGGGAAAAACGCAAGCUUCUUCUGAUUUUGAUCGUAGUGUCAUGACAGUCCGCGAAAGAUCCUUCGGCAAUUUUAGGCGUGAAUUUGUUCUUCCCGGACAAUUGCAAACUGGGAAAGUGGAAGCCAGAAUGGAGAACGGAGUGUUGGAAGUCAGGGUAAAUAAUGCUGAUACUAUUGAUGUUGUUGAUGCAUGA